UGGGUCUGACGACACUGAAACCUCGGCGCAUGCGCCGAGCAAACAAGGUGAAGCCCCGUGUCGGUGCGCGUAUCUCUUUAAGGAAAACCACGUGACCGAUACAGUUCCUGUGUCGCUUGAUUGUGAACGCGCCAAAUUGUAUUUAUAAACAGAAAAUGUAUCGACACAUUUGUGGGUUUUGUUGGAUGGAGAUAGUUUGUGUUGUUUGCUUUACAUUGGUUUUUGGCUUGUCAUCUAAAACUAUGGAUCAAUCAAGGAAGAGGAAGUUUUCACCCGUGUGGGAUCAUUUUGAUCUUAUCACUGAGAAUAAGGUAAAUUAUUAUUCCUUUCUUGUUUCCACCAUUGAUCAUUCUUCUCUUGGUUAUUCUAAUUUCUUUCUGAAGAAUAUUUUAAUUAGUUUACAUGGAUUAACUUUUAUUUCUAUUGUAGGUGAAAUGUAGGAUUUGCUCCCAGGUGCUGUCUUACUCUAACCGGAGCACUUCCACAAUGCUGAGGCAUUACCGUGCCCGGCAUGAGAUGGAAGAACGAGUUAAUACUCCCGUGAUUAGCCCUGGUGCUUCCAGAAAGCAGGCGAUUGAUGAGGCUGUAAUGAACAUGAUCAUUACAGACUGUCAGCCGCUUAGCCUUGUGGAAGACAAGGGGUUCCGAGAGCUGGUCCAACUCCUUGAGCCCUCAUAUGUUCUGCCAUGCAGAAAGGCUAUCAAGACCAUGAUUAGCCAGAGGUAUGAGGAGAAAAAGGAGCAAAUUAAAAAAGAACUGAAGAGUGCAGCUGCAGUCAGCCUAACAGCUGACAUGUGGACAUCCAUGAACAUGGAGGCUUACCUGGCUGUGACCUGUCACUAUGUCAACAGUGAGAACCAUACACUGUGUACAUCAAUGUUGGGAGUGGAACACUUCCCUCAGCAGCACACUGCUGAAAAUAUGGCCCAAGUAAAGAAAAACUUAAUGCAGGAGUGGGCCAUAGCAGAGAAAGUUACAUGUCUUGUCACAGAUGCGGCUGCAAACAUGAACCAGUACUACAGCCAAAGAGAAGCUGGCACAAGUCCAGCUACAGAUGGGAGGACCAGUGAAGAAAUUAAUCAAUGA